AUGGCACUAGGAGCAGUGCAGAAUUUGGAGCUUCGGCCCUGGGAGAUGAGGGCUGGUACCAACCAGAAGCCGUGUGCAGGCUCCGCCCUGCUCUCCAGGCGUAAAUCCACAGACAAACACGAAUGGGCCACAACAGAAAAUGGUGCUGGAACAGGGGGAACCAGCCGUUUUGCACAGGAAGCCCUGGGAGAUGUGGUUUACUGUAGUCUGCCUGAAGUUGGGACUAAAUUAAACAGACGAGAUGAGUUUGGUACUUUGGAAAGUGUGGAAGGUGCUAGCGAGCUCUAUUCUCCUCCGUCAGGAGAAGUGACUGAAAUUAAUGAAGCUCUUGCAGAAAGUCCAGGACUUGUCAACAAAUCUUGUUAUGAAGAUGGUUGGCUCAGCAAGAUGACACUCAGUAAUCCUGCAGAACUGGGUGAAUUGAGGAGCGGGGGAGCAUAG